AUGAAUUUAGUAGAAAGCAGCGAAUUCCUAGCCAAGUUGAUGAAGAGCGCCGACACAUUUGAGCUGAAGUAUGACUUUUCCUGCGAACUGUACCGAAUGUCCACCUAUUCCACCUUCCCUGCCGGGGUCCCCGUCUCCGAGAGGAGUCUGGCCCGAGCGGGGUUCUAUUACACUGGCGUGAUCGACAAGGUCAAGUGCUUCCGUUGUGGCCUCAUGCUGGAUAACUGGAAGCAAGGAGACAACCCUGUGGAGAAGCACAAGAAGUUGUACCCGAGCUGCGGCUUUGUCCAGCACCUGCAUUCAGCUCUUGUUUCGGGAGCCAGUGUUCAGUUGGUGCCAGCUCCCUCCCCUUUGCUGCUCCCAAGUUUGGAAAACAGUGGCUAUUUCAGUGGCUCCUAUGCAGACUUUCCAUCCAACCCUGUGAGCUCCAGAUCAGAUCUCGACCCAGUCCGGUCGAGCCCCUACAACUAUGCAAUGAGAACUGAGGAGGCCAGGUUGCACACCUUCCAGACCUGGCCCUUGGCCUUUCUGUCGCCUGUGGAGCUGGCCAAAGCAGGUUUUUAUUACCUUGGCUCUGCAGACAGAGUGGCCUGCUUCGCCUGUGGGGUCAAACUGAGCAAUUGGGAACCCAAGGACGAUGCCCUGCUGGAGCACCUGAGGCAUUUCCCCAACUGCCCGUUCCUAGAAAAGCAGCUUCAGGACUCUGUGCCGUACCCCAUUUCCAACCUGAGCCUGCAGACGCAUGCAGCCCGGCUCAGGACCUUCCACAACUGGCCCUCGAAUGUCCCAGUUCUCCCGGAGCAGCUUGCAAGCGCAGGUUUUUAUUACAUGGGUCACAGUGACGAUGUCAAAUGCUUCUGCUGUGAUGGUGGACUGAGGUGUUGGGAUUCUGGCGAUGACCCGUGGAUACAACAUGCCAAGUGGUUUCCCAGGUGUGAGUUCUUGGUACGGAUUAAAGGACAAGAGUUCAUCAGCCGGGUGCAAGCCAAUUACCCUCAUCUGCUUGAACAGCUGCUAUCUACUUCAGAAAACUCAGGAGAUGAAGUUGCCGAGUCCCCAAUCCUGCAUUUUGGAUCUGGAGAGACGCCAUCUGAAGACGCUGUCAUGAUGAACACGCCUGUGGUUAAAGCGGCCUUGGAAAUGGGCUUCAGCAGGAGUCUGGUUAGACAGACGCUGCAGAGUCAAAUCCUCACAGCGGGAGAGAACUACAAAACUGUCAGUCACCUUGUGUUAGAUUUACUUAAUGCGGAAGAUGAACUCAGGGAAGAGGAGAAGGAGAGAGCGAGUGAAGAAAAAGAAUCAGGUGAUCUCUUAUUAAUCCGGAAGAAUAGAAUGGCUCUUUUUCAGCAUUUGACUUGUGUGCUUCCGAUCUUGGACAGUCUACUGAAUGCGAGAGUGAUUACUGACCAAGAACAUGAUGUUAUUAAACAGAAAACACAGACCCCUUUACAAGCAAGAGAGCUGAUUGAUACUAUUUUAGUUAAAGGAAAUAGUGCAGCCACCAUAUUCAAAAACUCGCUACAAGAAGUUGACCUCACAUUAUAUAAACAUUUAUUUGUUGAACGAGACAUAAAGUAUAUUCCCACAGAAGACGUUUCAGAUCUGCCAAUGGAAGAACAAUUGCGAAGACUCCAAGAGGAGAGAACGUGCAAAGUUUGUAUGGACAAAGAAGUGUGCAUAGUGUUCAUUCCCUGCGGCCACCUGGUGGUGUGUAAGGACUGUGCCCCUGCCCUGAGGAAGUGUCCUAUCUGCAGGGGGGUCAUCAAGGGGACAGUUCGCACAUUUCUUUCAUGAAAUUCUGUCCGUACUUGACAUUCCUGGAUUAAAUGGACUGAGAUUUCAAGUUUGAGGCUGUUUUCAGGUUUUUUGGGUUCUUUACAAUGUAGGAAACAUGGUACCGUAUGUUUGUAUGAAUAUAUAUUAUAAACA